UCACCGCGUCGGUAAAAUCACUGUAGUCUCCAGCUGCGUGCAUGUAAAUCCACCAACGUCUGUUUCUAUUUUGGAGAAAUCUAUUUUUGUCUUCAUUUGGGAUGCAAAUGUCGGUCGAAGUGUGAAAACUGGGUGAUACGUGUGCUUAUGCGAUUAAACCCCUUCGGAGAGACUAUAAGACAUGUGCCGCGAGUUUGCACAGCUGCCCAUCAAUUCACUGUGCAAUUGCGCACGAUAUCCGUUCGUGAGCAGUGGCAAAAGGAAUACUUGAAAACACUACGGGAGGCACAUCAAAUCGGAUUGGCAUCUUCGGUGUUAUUAUCAUAGGCUGGUCUGUAGUAUUGUCUGUUAAAAUACCGCCGGAGUUCCAUGACAAAUGACAGAGACCAUCGGUUACUCGAGUAGCCCAACAUUGUCCUGGAUGUUGUGUUGGACCUCGCAUACUGCUGCAUAAUGCCAAUUCGUGUCAGGACGGGGAAUAUAAUUAUUAUUCCGGAUUUUUGAGCGGGACGCACGCACCAUGCACAUAGUGGAUAUAGCCAUCUCCGCGUUUGUAGUGGCCAUCAUCGUAGUGUCUUUGCUGUCAAACAUCGCGGUGUUAAUCGGCUUUCUGUACAGUCCGGAGAUUAGGAAACAGGUUCCGGGGCUUUUCAUCCUUAACCUGACGUUUUGCAACUUGUUGCUAACUGUGUUCAACAUGCCACUUACUUUGAUCGGGCUAAUCAACAAGGGACAUCCUGGUGCACGGGGAUUCUGUCAAGUAGUGGGCUUCGUUGACACGUUCCUCACCACGAACUCGAUGCUGAGUAUGGCAGCUUUGAGUAUAGAUAGAUGGGUGGCCGUGGUUUUCCCGCUAAGCUACCAUUCUAGGAUAAGGCACCGGGACGCAGUGAUAGCCCUGGGGUACACGUGGAUACAUUCGCUCUGCUUUUCUGCUGUGGCCACGUGCCUGUCCUGGGUCGGAUACAACCACCUUUACGCAUCGUGCACGCUCUGCAAUAACAGGGCUAGUGGCGCCCGGACGCAGUUUAUCAUCUUUACGGUGGUUUUACACUCGCUCACUUUUCUCCUGACCCUAAUCGUGCUAUGUGUCACAUACCUGAAAGUGCUGAAAGUGGCAAGGUUUCACUGUAAGCGCAUAGAUGAGAUCACUAUGCAGACGUUAGUGCUGUUUGUGGACAUUCACCCAAGCGUGCGCCAGCGCUGUCUGGACGAGCAGAGGAGGAGGAGGCAGAGGGCCACCAAGAAGAUCAGCACUUUCAUCGGCACCUUCGUGGUGUGCUUCGCCCCCUACGUCAUCACUAGGAUUGUGGAGCUCUUCACACCUGGACCCAUCAACCCUCAUUGGGGCGUGGCCUCCAAGUGUCUGGCCUAUUGCAAGGCAGCUUGCGACCCGUUUGUCUACUCUCUCCUGCGUCACCAAUACAGGAAGACCUGCAGCGAACUGGCCAAUCGGAUUCUGAAGAGGAGCCCACUUACCUCCUCGGCCCGCAAGGUGGAGAAGGGGCGGGGCGAUGUCCCCAAACCCGUCCAAUGAGAGCUGUCUCUGGCACCCUGGAGACGGGAGACAUUGCGACACACUGAGUCAAUCUUCGAUCGUGUCCUUCAAGACCCUACCUGGUAACGGUGACUUCACCUGACAGCCCGAGGCUGCUUAAUGUCCGUGUUGAAAGCCCACGCCUGCUGUGUGUUUUGUUACCGCGACAUGGCAGUCGCCCUGUUAGUGACAUGUUGUUGAACCAGUGAGGUAGUGAUUUAAGAUUAACUGUUUUUGUCUGAAAUGUUUGCAGGUAAGUACAGGUUCUUGGUGGAUCCAUGUCAAAGUUGUAGCAGAUGUUUUUGUACUUGUAGUCAGAUGAUUCAUGAAGGGAGAUUUUAAUAAUGUCUCGCUGCAGAGACAAAAUAUAUUGAAUAUACAAAUAUGGUUAAAAUAGCAUUGAGAUAUACCUCAUGGAUCAUUGAAGAAAAACUGCUAAAUCUAGUUGGAAAAAGUUAAUAUAGUAAAUUGAUGACUGAAGAUAGUGUGUCUGUUAGUUACCAGUGUGAGAUGGGUGAGAAUAGCUAGCACCCAGUGGCUCAGCUAUUUUCAUGUACUGUACAGCAGCAACAAGGCAGACAUUCUGAAAAUUGAGUGCCUUUUAGAUGAACUGACAGUUCUCCUCAAAACACCCAACUGAAAAGGCAGCAGUGGUAUCAUAGAUGUGCUUUCUAGAUUGAUCCAUAGACACUUGUCUUAGUAUUGGAAGUAUUAUAUUGUUGUUGUUUUAAAAAAAUAUAUAAUUAUGGUACUGUACCAUUACAUGUAUUAUGCAUAAGAGGGUAAUUUGGUUUUUCAGUGACAUAAGCUGUUUAUGUGAUAGUAUUUUCACUUAUUUUCAGUUGGUAUUGAUAGUGUCUGUGAUAUUAUUACAGAAGUUAAAUCCACAUGAGGAGAUGUAGCUGAUGUUGGUUGAAUGGGCAGUCAGGGGCCAGUAUUUCCUUGUAUAGUACCAUCUGUUAGAGUAUGAAGCCUUAUUUAACAACAAAGUAUAUUUAUUUUGUUAAAAUAGGACAUGUUCAGUUUUUGCAAAUUAUGUUUGUGAUCUUACUGAAAUAAA